CGUUUGUUCACCUUAGCUCUCUCUCUCUCUCUCUCUGUCUCUCUGUCUGCUCCUCUUUUCUCAACUUACACACACCCACCACGCAACGGCCACGUCCACGGGCUCGAGCACCUACACACCCCUACACCCCCGUCCCCUCUGUUCCUCGUUUGGGCUCGUGCCAGUGUGCUCGUGCACUCGUGCACGUGUCUGUCUCGUCCGUGUUCAACUGUUCUAACAGCUUCCUUGCUGUCCAGGGGGCCGGUCCUCGUGUCAUCACGUGUCACCUUCCCGAAUUGCGCCUCGAGCUACACAGCCUCGAGCUACACAGCCACGAGCUACACAUUGUGUCGCAACACCUCACCGCGCAACAAGUAAGCAAGCGACACUGCAGUCCUCUCGUCUCGGCACAUCACGAGCAAAGGUGGUCAGCACAUUGUUUCAUGCUUAGGUUCUCUGACAGUGCACCUACGCACGCACACACGCACACGUAUGGAUACACGCACACAUAUGAACACACAUUCACACGCGUCCAUAUUCACGGAACACAGACGCACUCACCCCAUCGCUCUUGUUGAUCAAUCGACGAGAGAAUUGUCAUUUACACCGCGAUCCCGAAACCAGCUCACAUCGACCAACUCAUCCAACCUUGGACUUCUUCCUGCAGACAAGCGUACAACGCCCCCCCCCCCUAUCCGGCGGAGCGCACAUACCCAUCAAGCAUCUUCCCAGCUCGGCUCUUCCUUCAACGGCGCAUGAUGGCACAGUUCCACAUUCGCCGCGCGGCGGUGGCAACCGCACUGGUGUGCGUUGCCCUCGCCAUGGCCGGCAUGGCUCCUCCACACAUGGCGUCUGCUCGGCCCCUUCGCACCAAGAUUCAGCCCAACGACAACAGUGACAACCACAACGCUGGCGCCCAAGACGCCGCAGCAGCAUCGGCAUCAGCAAGUGACGCGGGCCUGCCCUCGCUCAAGGACCUGGACGUGGACCGGAUCAAGGCCCCAUCGGCGAUUGGCGCAGCAGGCCGCCCCCUGACCGUGCAGCGUGUCAAGGCGCCCUCGUCGCUCGCUGCUGAAGCGCAUGCAAACGGCAAGGCAAAGGUUGACCGCAUCCACGGCCCCGACAGCGACACAGACAACAGCAGCAGCAGCAAUGGUAAGGCCCGGCGCUCCCUCGCUGUUGGCGCACCGCCCUCCAAGCUGAAGAUGAACACGCUCAAGGACAACGCCCCAACUGCAUUCGCUGAGUUGAGCGAGCUUCCGCCUGCGGCAAAGAAGCGCGCCCAGGACAAGCUGGACAAGAUGGACAUCCCUGCUGUCGACGGCCGCACGCUGCACUUUGGUCCAGACGGCGAACCGUAUGUCGCAGACGACUUUCCAGUGCCGCCCGUGUUGAGGGAACGCAUCGAGGGCGAGCACGGGCGCGGCCGCCGCUUCCUUGCAGCCAACCCACCAUCAUCCUACGGCGGCAACGGCCUGCCCAUUUACCAUAGCCGACCGGGUGCGCCCAACACCAUGGUGCUCGACUUUGAUGGCCACACCACCACCAGCAACAACUACUGGGGCGCCUUCUCUGCCCACCCGUUUGAUCCAUCCAACGACGGUGCCGCGUUCUCGUCCUAUGAACAGGGCCAGAUUGCCCUCAUUUGGCAGCGCAUUGCCGAGGACUACGCUCCGUUCAACAUCGACGUCACAACAGAGCCAUUCGUCACCCAGGGGCCAACCAACGUGCACGUGCUCAUCACACGGAGCAUGCAGACAACAGGCUCCGCCAUGCCGUCGAGCAAUGCUGGCGGUGUUGCGGUGCUUGGCGUGUUUGGCUCCUCCAACUAUGAGUAUUAUUCCCCAGCCCUCGUGUACUACGACAACCUGGGUGACGGAUACGCUCCCUACGUGGCAGAGGCCGCGUCACACGAAGCAGGACACAACUUUGGGCUGAACCACGAUGGGUACAACGGCGACGCAUAUGCGAGCGGCUUCAGCGGGACCACAAGCGCAAACUCAUGGGCCCCCAUCAUGGGAGCAUCGUACGACAGGGCCGUGACGCAGUUCAGCAACGGAGAUUACUCCGGCGCCACCAACACCCAGGACGACGUUUCGAUCAUCGGCGGGCAGACGGGCUUUGCCGCUGACGAGGCAGGAGACACCCCCGCCACAGCCACGAGCGUCACGUACACGGGCAGCAACGACUUCAAGGCGGACGGUGUGAUUUCUGUGCGCACAGACAAGGACUGGUGGAAGGUGCAGCUGGCUGGGCAGGGCAGCAUCAGCGUGUACGCGACACCGUGGUACUCAAGCACGGACACGCCGGGGAACAACCUGGACAUCAAGCUGACGGUGUAUGACAGCAACGGCACACCAAUUGCGGUGAGCAACCCAAGCGGCAGCACGGACGCAUCUGUGUCGCUGGCGUCGCUGGCGGCGGGGUCCUACUACAUUGAGAUUGACGGCGUGGGCGACCCAGCGGUGCUCGCAUCGGACUAUGGCUCCCUCGGACAGUACCGCAUUACGGGGUCAGUGAGCACAGGAAGUCCUCCCGUCACAACUGCACGGACAACCACCACACGCACCACGACGACCACGACCACAACGCCGACAGCCACCUGCGUGAACGACGGCUACGAGAACAACGACGCAUACACAACGGCCACUGUUCUGUCUGCGAACGACGUGGCAGUGAACGCGGUGAUCUGCGGUGGUGAUGUGGACUGGUACCGCGUGCCGGUGUGCGGCGGCGGUACCGUGUCGAUCACAGUUGGAUUCAGCCAUGCAGUGAGUGACCUUGAUGCCGUGUUGUACACGCAAGCGGGCAACUCGGCUGCCUCUGCCACUUCGGCGUCGGACAACGAGGAGCUGUCUCACACGGACACGACUGGGUAUGACACGCUGUACUACCUUGCUGUGUACAGCUACAACGACCAGAGCACAGCGUAUGGCAUGAUCAUCUCCGUGGACUGUCCCACUACGACAACCACGACAACCACGACAACCACCACACGCACCACGACGACCACGACCACAACGCCGACAGCCACCUGCGUGAACGACGGCUACGAGAACAACGACGCAUACACAACGGCCACUGUUCUGUCUGCGAACGACGUGGCAGUGAACGCGGUGAUCUGCGGUGGUGAUGUGGACUGGUACCGCGUGCCGGUGUGCGGCGGCGGUACCGUGUCGAUCACCAUUGGAUUCAGCCAUGCAGUGAGUGACCUUGAUGCCGUGUUGUACACGCAAGCGGGCAACUCGGCUGCCUCUGCCACUUCGGCGUCGGACAACGAGCAGCUGUCCCACACGGACACGACUGGAUAUGACACGCUGUACUACCUCGCUGUGUACAGCUACAACGACCAGAGCACAGCGUACGACAUGUCCAUCUCCACCACAGUUGGUGCCGGCACAUACUUUGGCAUCCUGUGCUCUGGCGAGUACGACUGGUUCAAGGUCGACGUGUGCAGGCAGGGCGUGGUUCGCGCGCGCGUGGCCCUGGAGGAAGCGAGUGCGGUGUCUGUGAAGGUUGGGAUCCACCGAAGCAACGGCCGCCCGCUGCAAGCAGAGCGGCUGCACCUCGAACAGCUGGAGGGAGAGCUGGUUGCAGAGGCCCCAUAUGAAGGGCCGUACUUUAUCAAGCUGAAGAGCACCCGACGCAGAUCAGCGCCGGUGUACCGCCUCAUCAUCAGCAUUGAGGGCUGUGACUAA